AUGUCGUUGGCGAGGGUGCUAGUUCGUAGUAGCCGGAUGUCUAUAAUGGCUCCACAGGCUAUAAUAACAAUAAUACCAAGGAAUAUCACGGUUAGGAACGCUUCAAAUAGACGGGACGUUGCUGGAUGGAGAAUGAACAAGAUCGACAGUGCUCGUGUAGCUUACGAGAAAUGCUCACAUGCGUUUGAAAACAACAAGCCAUUCUUUGUCAAGGAAUUGGGAUUACCUGAUGCAUUCUCCUCAUGGUUUGCCAUAACUGUGCUCCACGUAUGGAUGUACACUGCCAGACUACGAGCUGAACAAGGUGAAGGCAAGGAAUUGUCGCAAGAGAUAUUCAAUCACUUGUGGCUGGAUGUAGAAAUGAAGCUUCAUAAGGCCGGUGUUAAACAUCGAAUAAAUGCACGCAUUACAGAGUUACUUGGCUCCUUUUAUGGACAGACGUUGGCGUACGACGAAGGAUUAGCUACAAGUGAUGCCAUUUUUGCUGCGGCCCUGUAUAGGAAUGUGUUUGGAGGACGUGAAGUCAAACCAACUACUGUGGAAGCUCUGCUGAAAUACGUCAGAUCCAAGGUGCAAGUUGUUGACUCUGCCGAUUCAGCUGCUAUACUAGAUGGAUCCGUUGCUCUUUGA